AUGGCGCACAGGGUCAGCGUGAAAGAGGAAGAUGCCGAAGAUGAGGUCAUGCUGUUGGAAUGCGAUGAUGAGAGCGAGGCAUUGACGGUCCUCGGCGACGCGACACCGGUCCCUCCUGGUGUUGUGCUGGACAAGCUCUCUGCGAUGCUGUCGACAGGUCGAGCUCGUCUGCGAUUUGCCUCGGGACGCAGCUGGGGGGUCAAUGGUGUUGUAUUCAACACCUGGACCUCUUUCAGAUACGAUCCUGACGGUUCUUGUCGCUUGGUGGACGGCGCCGACUGGCGAACAGGAACUCGCGAAGACUGGGCGGCAUCGGAGUUACAGCAGCUUGCAGAUCUCCGGGAAAAGGCCCACUGCCUCCCGUGCACGGCCUCCGCACAGCCUUCGGUCUUGAGGCCUCGGCAAUGUCGUCGGAUGGUGUUUCAGUUUCAUCGCGAGCGCUUCAAGAAGAAGCGCGCAGGGGCGAAUCCGAAGGCAUCCGGGUGUAGCAUAUUCCGUUGGCUUCAAGUGCAGGCUGGAGGGGAGAUGACCAUCGCUGCUUUCCUGGCUUUGGUAAAGGAGCGGCUGAGAGGAGCUGGUGAAAUGCCAACGUACGUGAAGCUGCUGACUUCCAUGAAGAACAAUGCUGGAAAGGGUGAGAUUGCAAAGCUCCUGGCCGGGCAUCCGGAUCUGGUUUCAAAGAUCCCGGCGCCCAAGGCUGGCGCAAAGCCUCAGGAGAAGCCGCGGGCCACACCCGUCACCUUACCCGCCGCCACGCCCGCGACCGCGGCCGCGGCCACCGCAGCGACCACUGCAACUGAGAAGAAGGUUCACCCACAAGCGCCCAGCAUCUCAAAGACGGAUGCCGGCACUGCGAGGAAAGCUCAGUUUCUCGAGUCGCAGUCAUUGGGAAGCGCAUCGCACCGUGCUGUGAGGGCGAGAGAAGCCGUGGAUGUGGAGUCCGCGGUUUUAGCGCCGUUGCGUCCGUUGGCGCCCGCAGCAGGGUUGGUCCGCCUGGCGAUACGUCGCGGGAGACCCAGCCAGCGACUGCGGCUGCUCCGAUAUCUCCAGAGCGGAGCCAGAGCCAAGGGAGCCGGAGCUCGGCUUCGAGAGGUUUUUCUGGUCCAGCGCUCUGAAGCGGCCGAGUUCGGCCAGGUGGUGGAGGCAAUGAGGGCCCGGCUGCCCGAGCUCCGAGGUGACAGCUUCGCUCAGCGCCUGGCGCACAUCUGUGCAGUCACGGACUAUUUCACCACUUUUGAGCUUGAUGAACAGGAAACUCACGAUCCAGCGGACGCUCAACGGGCAAACAUCCUUGACGCGCGAGCUUGGAAUGAGGGUCGGCUGCAACUGGCUAUGGAGGCAGGCGUUCAGCCUCUAUUUGUCGACGAUCCUGGUGUACCUCUGGAGCAGAGUGGCUACGCGAAGAGAGCGAAAGCUUUGGGCUACCACGUUAACUUCGAGAGCAUGCACUAA